CAAUUCUGGGUCCGGGAGAGUGACGGAACUUUAGUCUCUAGCACAUUUGCAUGAUGGAGCAUAUACUCAAGUAUUGUGGAUUCAUAUCGUAUUUCUAUUAGCCACAGUUCUAUGUAUGCUAGGGACUAGAGGAUUCCGUCACUCUCCCGGAUCCAGAAUUGCUCUUGUAUCUAGCAAUGCCACACUUCUCAGGGACCGUGUGGUUUCCGAAUCGACUCUUUCUGAGUCUACAAUUUUAGCUUGCCCAAGAAAGCUACUGUGUCCAAGGUCGGACAGACCCUGGGCUGUUGGGCAUACUCUGUGGUCAUCGAGCUUACGUCCAUACGAAUCGGAAGAUGAUUUCUCUUCAUAUCCUGUUUUGGCUUCAUUGGUCUCCCGUGUGGGAGGAUGGGCUGCGCCGGCCUUGGAAGUAGUGCAAUACCUAGGCGACACUGGCGGAUCCGAGACAGCAAGCUAUCCUUUUGGACCCACACCCGCGAAAGAAAUUAGAUUAAUAUCGUGAGGGUCGAUGACCCUCAUAUCAGAUAUUAAACUGAUAAGAACAGAUACUACACUUGAUCUUAGCCAAAAGGCCGAGAAAAGUAUACUUCAUAUGCCUAACUCGGAAGAACAUGAGGCUCGGCGGGAUAGCGUUACGAUCGCAUUGAGUAUGGGUUUUAUAUUGUAUACAUAUUCUCUCGAGUAUCAUGCCCUCGUCACUAUUAUUCAAAGUGAGUCCCUCCGUCAGACUCCGUCCUUU